AUGGCGUCUCCCCAAGCACCGGUAGCACCCUUGUACAAGAACAUUAUCAUUUCUGGUGGGGCUCGAGGCAUUGGCCGAGCAUUGACCAGGAUGAUGCUUGAGGCUGGUCACCACGCCUACGUCUUCGACAUUGACGAAGAAGAACUCGACCAUACGUGUAAAGUUCACCUCCAGCAGUACUACGCGGACGGUAGACUAGGAUAUGCCAUCUGCGAUCUUCGGAACGUGAAUGAGAUCCGAGCCAAAGUCAAGGAGGCUGCCAGCUUCUUUAACGAUCGAAUCGAUGUUCUCAUCAACAAUGGUGGAAUUGCUAGUCCCCAGUGGAAGGACGGCAAGACAAUGGAAGACCCCUCAACAAUUGAUGAGUGGCAGGCGUACAUCGACACGAAUCUCACUGCUCCAUUUGCCAUGAGUCAAGCAUGUGUUCCUUACAUGAAGGCACGAGCCUCGGAUGUUGAAGAGGGGGCGCACAUGCAGAAUGCAAACAACUCCAGCCCUGCAGGACCCUGUAUCAUACACAUUGGCUCAUUCCGCGCACACCAGUCGGACCCCAACCAGGAGGGAUAUGCAUCAAGCAAGUCUGGUCUGAUUGGACUGAUGCACUCAAUGGCAAUCAGUCUGGGGCAUCUAGGUAUCAGGGUUAAUCUCAUUGCGCCCGGUCGCAUCAAGGUGGCACAUGAGAGCAAGGAGGGCGACGAGAAGGGGACAGAUUGGGCCAGUCAAAUCAGCGAAAAGGAUAUUUCAGACCACCCAACGAACAGAGCUGGUAGACCGAAGGAUAUCGCUGAUGCUGCGCUGUAUCUGAUUGAGGCAGGCUUCGUGACUGGCCAGGACAUCACGCCACUCGAACCCGUCGAUGCAAAAAGCAGACCACUUGCGGAUAGUAGCAGCCUAAGGAAGAAUUCAAAAGACAUGUCCUGCAGCAUUGAAGUCAUUACUACGCCGACGGCCGACAGCCCAGGUACUGCGCUCGUACUGCGCACGGCAAGCAAGCACUAUGUCUUUGGCAGCAUGGCAGAGGGUACACAGCGUGCAAUGGUGCAACAGGGAACGCGCUUGUUGAAGGCACAGGAUUUCUUCCUCACUGGCAGGGCCGAAUGGAAGAAUAUGGGCGGGCUCAUUGGCAUGAUGCUCACACUGGCCGACGCAAGCACAAGCUCCUACACCACCUCCAUGGAAACCUUCCGACUGGCUCAGGAGCGAGGCAAGAAGGCUGAAAUACCGCCGAAGCCACAUUUUGAUGUAUACGGUCCCCCCAACUUGAAGCACACACUGGGUACAUGCCGGAGGUUCAUCUUUCGGAAAGGCAUACCCAUUGCUGCCACCGAAUACACAAACCAUUCACCGGCUAAGGAUGAGAAUGGUGUCAUACUUCCCACAUGGCAAGACUCCAACAUCAAUGUUUGGGCCAUGUCGGUCUCUCCAGCUGGCUCCCAACCAGAUGCACAAACAGAAGCCGAAAUAGAGGAACGGCGACGACACUUUGAUACGUGUCUGAACACCUUCGAGGACUUCCAGGCCCCAGAAAACGAAACUCCAGAAGCUCGCGAAGUCAGAUACGAUAAGAUACGGACUGCGACCAUCAAGUUCAUGUUUGAUUCCAAUUGGAGCUUUGACACCCUUGUCGAGCAACACAUCUCAGAGGUGAAAAUGCCAGCCGCUAUGUUUGUUCGCAACCCGGAAACUCACAGCUAUGAACCUUACAACGGGCCGAAGCCAGGAGGGUCAGAACCUCUGCCCGAUAUCACCGUAUGGACACGGACACCUUGGCCUGGCGCCCAGAUUCUGGCUCUCCCGCCGACUAAACCUGCUUCGGAGUGCGUCUCGUACAUUGUGCGAUCGCACCCUACCCGUGGCCAGUUUGAUGUUGCGCGUGCGAAAAAGCUGGGCAUCACCCCAGGGCCAAAAUUUGGCCAGCUUUCCAAAGGCAUAUCAGUCCAGAAUGCUAGUGGAGAGUGGGUCACACCGGAGCAAGUCAUGGGUGCGGAUAGGCCUGGUCAAGGAAUCGCUAUUCUUGAUGUUCCCUCAGUCGAUUAUGUUGAAAGUGUUGUUCAACGAGAGGAGCUCAACUCGCCAGAAGUCAUGAAGGGUAUCGGAGCUAUCGUCUGGAUGCUUGGCCCGGGCGUGGCAGGCCACCCAACUCUAACAGAGUUCAUGAAGAAACUGAGUGACGUGGAACAUGUCAUAUCCUCUAUAGAUACUGCUCCUAAUCGUAUGACUAAUGACUCGGUUGCCAUUCAAGCUACGCGUCUUGGACAAGUAGAUCCUGCCAGAUACUCCACGCCCGUGUUUGACAGUACCAGCAUCCCUCAGAAGAGUAUCUACAGAGCCGGCCAGUCGGCGUCAUCUGAGCUGCCAGAGGGUGUUAUUGCUGCUGACCGAGGGUUGACCUUUGCACUUAUGCCAAGAUUUAUCAUGAAGAAAGAGUCGAUCUCGAGGCCUUUUGACGUCGAGGCGGCAAGACGAGACACGGCGAUCGAGGUACUCAAGUUGGCCCAGGAAGCUCAGGUAGUAGUGGAACACAAUCGCGAGGACAUGAACAAGUGGAGAAAACUCCUGGCGCGUCCAGAUACAGAAGUCAUUACGCUCGGUACGGGCUCGGCCUUACCAUCAAAGUACCGCAAUGUUUCUGCGACUUUGGUUCAGGUUCCCGGCAUUGGCAACUACUUGUUUGACUGCGGCGAGAACACGCUCGGACAGCUUGCGAGAGUUUUUCCCCACGAGGAGCUCAUCGAUGUUCUCAAGAAUCUGAGGGCGAUCUGGAUCAGCCACUUGCACGCUGAUCAUCAUCUGGGGACAGCUGCAGUGAUCCGGGCCUGGUACCAAGUAGUGCACAACAGUGUGCCAAACCUGCAGCCACUCGGCAAUACUGUGGGUGGCAUUGACAUCAGUGCGUAUGGUUUAUCUGUCAUUUCACAUAAUGGCAUGCUCCAGUGGCUGCAUGAGUAUUCCGCGAUUGAAGAUUUCGGAUACAGUCGCAUCUUGCCGUUGCAAAUCACUGCCAAUGAACAAGGCAGCUCUUCCCGACUCUCGAUCAUGAACACGUUCGGAAAGGAGAGACCAGAAAAUCCAGAAGUGCACAGAUCAGUGUAUGAGAAGUUCUUUGGUUUCGAGGAUAUUCAGACUGCGCUCGUAGCGCAUUGCCAUGGCUCCAUGGCCGUCUCAAUCACCUUUCCUCGCUCACCCUCAGACCCCAAAGGUGUCAAGCCGCUCAAAGUCAGCUACUCAGGCGACUGCAGACCAAGCUGGCACUUUUCAAAAAUCGGCACAGACACCACUGUGCUCAUCCACGAAGCAACAUUUGACGACGCGCUCUUGGGCGAUGCCAAAGCAAAGAAGCAUUCGACCACCUCCGAAGCCUUGGGCAUCGGCGCAAAAAUGAACGCCAAAGCAGUCGUCCUCACCCACUUCAGCCAGCGCUACCAAAAAAUCCCGGUCCUACAAACAGUCACAGACGGCGAGCAAGAAGAUCCCCUCCUCGACCCGUCAAAAACCGCCGAAGACCCCACAGACAACGACGACGAAGUCGAUCCUACCCUCGAAAACGCAGACAAUAUGGACAUCCAUCCCACCAGCGCCCCACCCCCGCGCGACGCCGCCAAACCCAUCCCCACCCUCCAGCGCCAGUCGUCAUCACUCGCCAAAAUGGAGCAAGUAGUCAAGAUCCGCAACAAAGACCUCAAAGUCGCCAUUGCGUUCGACUACAUGCGCGUGCGCAUCGGCGAUAUCUGCGAGUUGGAGCAUUUCACUGAUGCGCUGAAUACGCUGUUGCUUAAAGAGGCGGAGGCGGACGGUGAGAUUGCGGAUGGGGAGGCGAGUGAGGGGAAGGGUAGUGCGAAGAGGGCUAGUGAGAGUGAUGGCGAAGGGGGGAAGAGGAAUAAGAAGAAGGCUAAGACGAAGCAGGUGCAGAAGGGGAAGAAAGAGAAGAGUGUGAGGAAUAAUUAG